AUGGCGGCACCACCGCCCCCGCCGCCCCCGAAAGGCAGCGGCAUGUCGCUCUACGCGAACCUGCUCGACCCCAAGGCCGACUCUUCGGCCUCGAUCUCGCGCGCGCCAGUCAUAUUCAAGCCGGCAGACGGCACGGAUGACCCCUCGGUGCCCAAGAAGCCAGUCGACUCGUCAGCCCUCCGCUUCCAGCCCAUCCGCCGCCCAGCAGCCCCCAAGCCAAAGACUUCCAAACCCUCCUUCCCACGCGCCAUACCUCCCACCGCCGGCGGCACGCCACCGGCGCAGCAACAACAGCAACCAUCCGCAACGGCAGCGGCAGCAUCACCGUCGUCCGUACCUGCCCCAGCAACCGCAGGAUCGGCGGCGGCGGGCCGCAGCACCCUCGCCGACUGGGCCGCCGCCGAGGACGACGACAACAACUACUACUACCAAGCCGGCGGCGGCUCGGACAAGCGCCACCUGCGCGGCGGGCGCAAGAAGCGCAACAAGCGCAGGAACGACAACGAGCCGCCCGCCGAGACGGACUGGGACGAGCUGUACGACCCGGCGCGCCCGACCAACGUGGACGAGUACCUGCGCAGCGACGAGCGCGUGCGCGAGGUGCGCGAGUGGAAGGCCGCGCUGUACGCGCACCGGCGGCGGCGGGAGGGCGGCGGGAGGAGGGGGAGCAGUUACGAGGAGGACCUCAGCGACCUGAGCGAUGAGGAUGCCGCUGGGGUGCGGCCGGCUAUGAACGCAUUCGCACCGCCGGCAGAGUACUCCUUUGCCCCUCCGCCGCCGUCACCGCCCCGACAGCAGCAGCCCGCAGCGCCACCACCAGACGACGCAACGGGCGACGACGCCUACGCCCGCCGCCUCGCCAUGUCCACCGGCGCGGCGCCCGCUCCUCCGCCCGCCCGACCCUCUCCAAGCCCACCACCGCCUCCACCACCACCACCAGCAGAAGAAGCACACCCCUCAGCGGCAGGAGCAACCAUAUCCCGCGCCCCAGUCCGCUACGAGCAACAGCCACCUCCCCCGCCCGCAGGGGAAGCCAUGGACCUCGACGACGACGACGACGACGCAGACGACGCACAACCACCACCAUCAGAAGAUCAGGACGACCAGCAGGAGCAGCAGGAGCAGCUGCGCGCCAACCGGCCCGGCCAGGCCGGCUUCGCCCAGCGCCUCAUGGCCAAGUACGGCUGGUCGCGCGGCAGCGGCCUCGGCGCCGACGAGUCCGGCAUCGUCAACCCGCUGCGCGUGCAGGUCGAGAAGCGCCGGAAGCGGCCCGACGCCGAGGGCGGCGGGUACGCCGAGCCGGGCGGCCGCGGCAGGAUCCUCGGCGGCAACAGGCGUAGCAACAAGCAGGACGGUGGCGGCUCGGGCGAGCAGGAGCAGGGCUUCGGCGCCAUGAGCGACGUCGUCGUCCUCCGCGACAUGCUCGAGGGCAUGCCGGACCUCGAGGGCGAGGUCGAGCAGGGCCUGGGCCAGGAGAUUGGGGAGGAGUGCGGUGAGAAGUACGGCCGGGUCGAGAGGCUGUUUAUCGACAUGCAGGACCGUCAGGUAUUCAUCAAGUUCACCGAUCAGGUAUCUGCGCUUAGGGGAUACAAACAGGCCGUCAAUGCCCUCGAGGGCCGCAUCUUCAACGGCAAUGCCAUCGUUGCCAAGUUCUACGACUCGGAAAAGUUUGAAAAGGGUGUGUACAAUUAG